GUUAAAUUACAAUUUACUUUCACGAAAAUACAAGAAAAAUCAAUUCAAACAACUAUGACGAAUGUCACGGCUUUUCCACAGGUUCGAGACUUCCUGAGAAAAUGUAGUCUUUCGCAGUAUUAUGACAGAUUCAUAUCCGAAGGAUUCGAUCAGCUACAGUCGCUCCUCGAUGUCACCGAAUAUGAUCUGAUAGCUAUGGACGUCAAAAGAGGCCAUCGAAGGCGAUUGCAAAGAGAAAUCGCCUCAAUGAAGGGAGUUCCCCAAAAUAUGCCGUUAUACAUUCAACAUGGGACGGUAUUAGAAGACUCAUGUGCACUCGCGGAUCAUAAUGCUUCACAAAAAAUUCCUUACGUUAAUGGAACUUCAAAUUCAAGUGGAGCGACCGUUGUAUCCCCUCAAAUAAGAAGCAGGUCAACAAGAGACGAUGAUCCUCAGGAUCCACCAGAUUCCACGGAAGGUGGAAGUGCUAAGCGUAAAUAUAAACGUCACCCAAAAAGGGAUAAGAACGCCCCCGUGAAGCCACUUUCCGCUUAUGUCAUGUUCGCUCAUAAAGUUCGCGAAGAGUACGCAGGGCAGAAUAUUUCAUUUCCCGAUAUGGCGAAGAUCGUCGGUGAUCGUUGGAAAACUGUCAACCCCGAGGUUAAAGAGGCGAUCGAGAAUGAAGCCGCCAAAGCAAAGGAGGAAUACCAAGCGGCCAUGGCAGUGUAUAAGACAACUGAUUAUUGGAAGAAAUACCAAGAAUACUUGAAAGAAUUUAAAGAAAAAUAUGAAUUAAACACUCGAGAUUCAAGUAAAUCACGUAAGAGACAAAAUAUCGAACCCUCACCAGAUUCAGAUAAUGCGACACCUUCAGGUUAUUCUAGUACGCGGUCAACUUCCGUUGGAUAUGAGAACGGUAGUGGAAAUAUAAGCAGUGGAAGCAGUAAUGGAAACGGGAAUGGACAACAUUCCAAACAUCAAUUUCUUCCAAGUUCAUAUUCUAAUCAUGGGUAUCAACAACAACAACAUCAUCAUCCAAAUUAUCCCCCCCACUCAAGCAGCUAUAUUCCUCCAUAUACACAUUACAACCCAUCUAUGCCGCCUUUCGGAUAUACGAACAAUAGCAUCGGACAAAAUGUCGGUAGCACGUUUGUAACCCCACCAUCAAGUAACAGUAACGGCACCCCGUCAACCACAUUGGCAGACUUGUAUGCCAAAGAUGAUAGUAGUGCCGGUGACGAUCAAUCUCAACGAGAAAAUGUUAGUGGCGGUGGAAACGGAAGUAGCAAUGGAAGUAGCAUCGGAAGCGGUAGUGGUAGCGGCGGUAGUAGUAGCAGCAGUACCAGACAAGUUUUCGAGGAUUCCGACAACUCAACUUCAAGUUCAAACACUCCUCCUGCCGCUUUUGUGGAAACUGAAGAGAACCAAAGUAGUAAACAAGCGCAAAAAAAAACGAGAUCAGAUCGCUAA